UUUUUAUGCCAAUACCCGGCCACAUUUAACGAGUCUCAUUAAGCUUUUGCGACCAUAAAAAACUCAACAGUUGGCCAUUUUGUUUAACUGACUUUCAAUUGCCUUUACAAUUGCAGCGAGCACCUCACACACCACCAGCAACAACAGCAAAUCCGCCACCAAAGCAGCCGCCAGCGGCAAGGCUUACAGCAGCAUCGGCAGCAGCAGCAACAACAACGGCAACUACAGUAAUGGCAAGCAGGCGAGCUGCUCAUCCUCUGCCGCCGGCUAUGCAGCUGGUGCCGGUUCCACGUUGGGCGCCUUUGGGCGGCAGCAGCAGCAACAGCAGCAGCAGCAGCUGUACGCUUCCGGCGUCUCCAAGUUGCCAUUCUCGCCAUUCUUUGCCGCAUCGCCAUUCUUCUUCACGUAUCGACGCAUCAGCAAACAGGAGGACAACAACAACAGUUGCAGCUACAACAACGGCAGUAGCAGCAGCACCAGCAACAGCGCUCUCAUGCAGGACUACGAUCGCAAGUUCAGUUUGCUGAGCCUGUUCAAGAAUCCAUACAAGUUCGCCGAUGCCCAAACGGCACGCAAAUGCUCCACGACGAGCAGCAGCGGUGGCGGCGGCAAAGUUGGCAGCGGAGCAGCAACAGCAGGCGGCGUGUGCUCGCCCAGUUGGAAGAGCUAUGCGGGCGCGGGCUCGCCGCAUGCGGCACUGAAUCCCGCUUUUGGGGGCAUGGCCUUAGGCGGCGGCGGUGGCGGCAGCCGCAAGGAUAGCAGCAGCUUCAGCGGCAUCAACUUUGGCGGCAGCGGUGCGGGCAGCGGCGCCUCGUUCAGUCGAGACGCCGCGUCCAAUGGCGGCGGCUACAAUGAUCUCUCCAAGAACCGCAAGGUACACAAGUGCGAUACCGAGGGCUGCGACAAGGUGUAUACCAAAAGUUCGCAUCUCAAAGCGCACAAACGCACGCACACAGGUGAGAAGCCGUAUGUGUGCACCUGGGAAGGCUGCAUCUGGCGCUUCGCCCGAUCCGACGAGCUGACCCGCCACUACAGGAAACACACGGGCGUCAAGCCCUUUCGCUGUCAGCUCUGCACCCGGAGUUUCAGUCGCUCCGAUCAUCUAUCGCUGCAUAUGCGACGCCACUGAGCCGCAGGCCAUAUGGAAAAUACUCAUUAUAGCCACGCCAAGCCACGCCCACAGCAGCAUCAUAUAUAGAAAAAAGAAAUGCCCCAAUGAGGCCUUUUUGUUUUGACGUUUUCUCCUUAUUAUUUAUAAAACACUGUUUCAUGCAUCAUUUCGUUCAGUUUGUAUGUCGUAACGCUUAAGUAGCUCAAUUUACAUCCAUAAGCGGGCUCAAAGCCCAGUCUAGCAGUAAGAAUAUAGCCAGUAAUUAAAGGAAAAAGAAUUUGUAAAAUUUUUUGAUAUCACCUAAGCAGACGUUGCCUUCAAGAAGCCAAGUUAACAAGCGGUACUACGAGUAUAUUG